GCGUUUCCGUUACUCAUGUCUGAUUGGUUUCCACGGUCAUGUGACCCGGAAACCAGACCGUGUCUGCUCAAUAAUGACAGUAAACAUCAGGAAACUGCAGCAGAGAAGCAGUGAGUGACGUCAACUUACAUUUACUAGUUUAUAAAGUACUCGACACCACGUGACUAGGAUCGAGACGACCCUCUCGGUACACCGGCUCCUCCUGUCCUCCUCUCGGACGGUGUUCAGUCGGUACGGACAUGUUGAAGCUCCACACUCUAAGGAUGUUCGUGGACCAGCGGCUCUCCGCCGCCACCGAUGACAUCCUCCGCCAUUUUGCCUCAGUGAUCUCCGAGUAUGAGCGCGAGGUGUUCCGGUUACGAGAAGAGAUCGACCGACAGAAGAGGGGACGAAUGGAGGCUACGGGACGACCCGAGGACGAACCGGGGGAUGAACCGGGGGAUGAACCGGCCGGUGUUUUCAUAACGGAAGAAGAAGAGCAGACGAGGGGGCAGAGCUUCAGUCCACUCAUUAAACAGGAAGGGGGCCGAGCUUCAGGACUAGACGGGACUGUCAUCACACCCAUGCAGAGUCUUGAUUGGCUGAGGUUGAGACUUGACACAGUCCAGAACCCUUUGUCCAAUCAGACACAGUCUGUGGUUGUCGGUGGUGACGUCAGACUUAAUCCCGUUGGUAACACACAGGAAGUGUUGGUUGUCAAGCAGGAACUUGAUGAGGGUCUGGAGGCCUCACUCAGAGCAGACACCGGUGAAGAAGAGAAGCAAGAGAGGGCGCAGGGCUCUUAUCUGAACAUCACAAAUGAAGGGGGCGGGGCUUCAGGACCAGGGGAGUUGAUGACCAGGUUCACACAGAGUCCUGAUUGGCAGAUGGAGAGCUACAAGGAUGAGGGAAGUCCUUUAUCCAGUCACAUCCAGUCCCUUAGGUCCCCCCCACACAUGAAACCAGAACCCGGAGAGACCGACCUACCCGAAGACCUCAACCAGGACUCUGUUGGCCAUUCAGAAUCUACUACAGAGGACAGUGAUGAGGCUCCGCUGGAACCAGGUGUACACAGGACUCUGGGAGCGUGGACUGGGCCUCCUGUGGAACAGGAGCUGCUGGUCUGCAGGGGCUGUGACCGACAGUUUAGCUCAAAGCAAACUCUGAAAAAACACGUCAGACGAAACCUGUCACAGGACCAGGACCUGAUGUCCUGCAGCCUCCGCAGACAGCAGGUCCCCUUCCAAAAACCUGACAAGUCCUUCACCUGCAGACUCUGCAGAAUGUCCUUCAACACGCUGGGGAUUUUGGUGCGACACACUGAAAACCACUGUAAGGAACCCGAGAGCCGUUGUGGGGUCUGCGGGGACUGUCUCGAGUCCACCAAAACCCUGAGAGAUCACCUGCGGUCUCACAAAGAGCUGGGGUGCACCUGCGACGUGUGUGGGAUUAAAUGCAGCUCCAUCAGAAGAAUGGAGAUCCACAAGCGGGUCCACACUGGAGAGAAACCAUACCAAUGUGAGGUCUGCAGCAAAGACUUUGCUAGGAAAGAAAGUCUGGAGAGACACCUGAAGGUCCACAGGGGGGGCAGACUGCAUACCUGUGGACUAUGCAGGAAGGCCUUUACCAGGAGGGAGGAUCUGUUCCUCCACCUGAUGACUUUUCACCCAGAUCUACCUGUUGGAAGUGAGUGGACCACAUGUUAGGUUUCUGUCUUUGAGUUGUGGAGUCCCUCAGAGAGGCAUCCUCAAGCCUUUCUGCAGGCCCCUGUAAUCCAGGCCCCCCUCUGAUGUCAGAUCAGAGGAACCAGCACUAAGGCCGAACCUGACAGGAUGGACUCACUGACUUAAACCAGAACGCACAGACUGGCCCUGGUAGAUGGUAGAGCAGGAGGCACCCACAGUACAGAGGACUUAGCGUGCUGAUUCCAGAUUUGUGCCAUCUUCUCCCUGCACACCAACAGCUGCACUUCCAAUCACCAGUCCAUCAAGCUCCUCAAGUUCAAGGAUGACACCUUCCUCAUUGGACUCGUCUCUGGUGGGAAUGAGUCCACCAACAUGCGAGAGGAGGACCACAUGAGAACAACUUGGAGCCUAAUGCUCUAUAAAUAAUGGAGAUGAGUUGACCUGUACACCACCUGGACUCCGAGGCCACCUAUAUUCCUCCUUAGCAUUAACGAUGCCCUGGCUCUACCCCCCACCCCCCUCGACACAGACUUCCUCCAGCUCCCCAGUCAGAGAGCAUCACUUGAAGUCUUGUGUUAAAUUAACGCACACUUUAAGAAACCUUAAGUCAUCCUGAAAAAUGGACAUACCUGCACACUAUACAGCCAGUACACACCUCCUACAAUGUAGUUUGUGAAUUUUGUUUCUUUUUAUAUUUAUGAUUUGUACCUUAUUUUUGAUUUGAUUUUUAUUAAGAUUUCUUUGGACUUUUUUGUGCCUUUACUGUAAAGAUAGAACAUUGGAUAUAGAGUCAGAAAUCAGGGCGAGAGACAUGCUUGAAAGGAGCCACAGGUCAGAUUCAAACCCAGGUCACUUGCCUGGUUUAUACCUUUAUUUUGAUAUUUUAAACUUUCUCUAUAUAAGUCCCUUGACAGAAGGAGAACUGCUGUUUUAUAGCCUUUUACUUCUUUAUUCUACUUACUUGGCAAGGAAAUAUGAUUCUGAUUCUCGGCAGCGUAGACUAAUGGGAGCGUCACCUCUGUGGUGGGCAAAGAACCGGAGCUGGAGCUGGAGCUGGAGAGCUAUCAGAUAGAUAUAGUUGGGCUCAUGUCCACUCAGCUCACAGAGGGGCUGCACUCUCUCCUUCUUCAGAGGCUCUCGGGGUGAAAUGUGUCAGGCGGGUGUGGGAAUACUCCAUAGCCCCCUCUAAUCAUGUGCCCAGAACACUCGUCCUGAACUUGUUCCUCAGCGGCUCAUUUAGAUGAGCAUUAGAGUUUGUUGAUCGUUCAAAAGCCUCAGGUUUAUUCUCUAGGUUUUUAUUUCUUAAUAUAACGACAACGUGUCAAACUGUUGUUGUUCUUCAGGUGUUUCAGGUGACUCACCUAACCCUGACCCUCAGAGACCGGAGGAACACUUGGUACGCUGUAAAUGGUUAAUGGACUGUCCUUUAAAGUCCUUUACUAGUCGUCUGCCCUCUCAGAGCUCUUUGUUACCACAUGUCACAUUCACACAUGGCAGAGGCUGCUGUUUAAAGUAGCCAUCAGGAUGAACUCAUCCAUUCAUUGAUCUUAACGCCAUCAGGAAUCAUUUACACUUCAGUGUCUUGCCCAAGGACAUUCCAACGGGACUACAGGAACUGGGAAUCAAACCUCCAACCUUCUGAUUGAGAGACGACCUGCUCUACCACUGAGCCACAACCGCCCCAUAGAACAUCACAAACACAUCUUUGGACUGUCAUCAUCAGUCGCUCUGACUGACACCUCUGUGGUUCCCCACAGAUCCCACCUCCUCAGCUGCUGAUUGGCCCACUGAGUCAGAAUAGAAGCGCCUGGUUGUGUUUGUUGAUGUUAUGAACACAGACGGCGCUCAGCUGGACACUCUGUUCUGCGUUCAUGUGCAACAUUUACCGUCAGACACCAGAAACAUGCAAGGGCUUUUAUUAACAGGACAGUGGGAGUGUGUGUGUGUGUGUGUGUGAGAGAGAGAGAGAGAGAGUGUGUGUGUGUGUGAGUGUGUGUGUGUGUGAGAUCAUUUCCAGGAAGAGGUACGGAGAGGGCAGCAAUGUGUGUCUUUGUGCGUGUAUGUGAGUAACUAAGUGACUUCCUGGUCCACCGGGUGUAUCCUGUUAAAACACACUCAGAGGGUCGAGUGUGUGUUCAUUAACUUUAUGAACAACACACACACACACACACACACACGCUGCCACCACAAAGCCUGCCUGGGGAAAUGUUGGAAUCUAAACAUGAGAAAAGUUCUGAUUUAACAGACUGCAUGAAGCUGAAUGUAAACUUUAUUUAUAACAUUGUCAGUUUUUUAUGUACAGGUUCAUUGUGAACAUUAAAGUCUCAAACAUAAA